UAAAGUAUGAUUAUUUUAAUAAUAAUAAGAAAUUUCACCGUUGAAAAUGAUUGACUUUCCUUGUUGCUAAAACUAAAUGGUAUUCGUUCCAUUUAAACACUCGCAUGAAUAAAUUGAAAAGUUGACCAGGACAGCUAAAAUAAAAAAAAAAUGAGUCACGACGUUUUAAAAACCAUUUCCAUUAAAGACGAAGGAGGCCCAAACAUUGAUUUUUCAUUAACGGAUAAUGAUAUAGUGAAAUCGGAGGACAAAAUUUCUAAUAUAAAUGAUAGGGUCCAUUUGGAUGCUGACGGUACAAAAGAAACAGUUGAGGAUCGUACUGAAAAACACAAAUGCGACAAUUGCUCUAAGUCAUUUAAAGUAUUUGGUAUGCUUAAAAAACAUUUAGCUGUGUGCUAUUUGAAUAGUAGUUAUCACUCUCGAAAAGCAGAAAUGAUAAAAAACAUACAGAAAAUCGAAGAGGAUGCGGUUAAACUAGAGCAGGAGAAUAUAUGCUUUUGUUGCGGUGAAAGUUAUGAUACAUUUCAUCGUGGAAAAAUAAAUUGCUUUGAUUGCCCAAAAUCCUUUAAAACUCAACUGAGUUACGAACGACAUAUUUUCAUAAUUCAUUCGGAAUUCGAUGAAUUUCCUUGUUCUAUUUGUAAUGCAAAAUUACGGACAGCUACCCUAUUGAAGUUACACGAAAAGCAACACGCAAGUCUUGGAAGAUUGUGGGCUUGCAAAAUAUGCGGCAGAGACUUCACGCGCAGUUUCCAUUUAAAACGUCAUCAAAAGUACACAUCGUGUGCAGGAAGCUUAAAAAAAACCAUCACUUGUAAAGUGUGUAAUAAAGUGUUCUCUGGUGUAGAUAGUUUGCGAAAACACUUAAAACGGCAUUUUGCCACACAACUGGCAAAAAUUAAAGAAUUUAUGUGCCCUAUUUGUAAAAAUAGUUUUCCCAGUUUGUCGAUUUUAAAAAAGCAUAAACGUAGACAUAAAGAAAAACGUUUUAUUUGUGACUUUUGUGGCAAGAAAUUUCUGUCAGGGUGUCAAUUGAAAGACCAUCGCCAUUCUCACACUGGCGAAACCCCUUAUAUAUGCACUGAAUGCAAUCAAAGUUUUACUACCAAAUAUGCACUCAAUAAUCACAUGAAGCGGCACACUGGAGAAAAA